AUGUCUUUAAUAUUUUACUUUUCACCUUCGUCCCCCCCUUCCAGAGCAGUUCGCUCAUUACUUCUAUUGUCAAAGGUUGUAUUUUCAGGGAAAAUUGUGGAUUUAACGAGAGGGGAACACAAAACUCCUGAAUAUCAAUACAUUAACCCUAAUUAAUCUUUACCAGCACUCGUCGAUGGACCAUUAAAACUGUUUGAAAGCAAUGCCAUCCUGAAAUAUAUAUCCAUCAAAAAAGAGUUGACUUAAUUUUAUCCCAAGGUAUUACAUCUUACUAAGCCUAUAAGCACAUCCUGAACAGAGCAAGAGUUGACUGCUAUUUAGAUUGGAGUCAAACAGGAUUAGAGCCCAUAGGGACAUAUGCCAAUGAAUGUUACCUAUUUCCGAUGAUGAUGAAUAAACCUGCUCCAUAAAACAAAGAAUAAAUGUAUCAAGAUACAAUAUCUACUCUUAAAUUCUUUGAGUCAAUUUUCUUAAAGGGAAGAUACAUUUACAACCAACCAUCAAUGACAAUUGCUGAUUUAAAGUACUUAUAAAUAUGUAAGACAGGUGUGUUGCUGAUUUGACCCAGCUCUUAUUGACUGGCCUUGAUUUCAACCAAUUCCCAAAAAUUAGAGACUAUCUAUAAGAAAUGUUUUCGAUUCCAGAAAUUAGAGAGGCAUAUGCUGAAUACUUAGAUAUGAUUAAAUCUACUAAACCUAAUGAUUCGAUAUCUUAUAUCAUCAGUGGAAUUGACAAAAGAUCCAAUUGGCAAAUCAAUUUAUAUCACCAUCCUUUGUCCUCACCCUCCAGAGCCUGCAGAACAACCUUAUUCUAUAGUGGAAUAGAUUUUAUAGAAAAAAUUUUGUUUAUUUAGAAAGGAGAAAAUAGAACCCCUGAAUUCUUAGCUAUUAAUCCCAAUGGGUCUCUCCCUGCGAUCCAAGAUGGCAAUUUAUGUUUAUUUGAAAGCAGUGCCAUAAUGAAGCACUUUGCUCGCAAAUUUAAAUUAUAUAAGCUUUACUCUUUCAACUUAUAAGCCAAAGCCAAAACUGAUGAGUAUUUAGACUUUCAUUUGACUGAGAUGUAAUCAAUUAAUAGAUAUGCCUCUUCCUGUUUCAUUGGGCCUGCUUUUUUAAAGUUGCCUGUUCCUCCCAAUAAGGCUUAAUAAUAAAAAGAUGUCGCAACCACUCUUGAAUUCUUUGUAAAGACAUUUCUAAACAAAGGCAAUUGGGCUUACAUAAAUGGAUCACCAAUACCUACUUUUGCUGACAUCAGAGCUUGCUGUGAUUUAACACAAUUAUUCAUAACGGACUUUCCUUUUGAAUAAAUUUUAGGCUUGGAUACUUAUCUCUAAAGAGUAUUCUAGAUGAAUGAGAUGAAAAAAUCUCAUAGUGAAUACUUCGACUUUUUAUAAAGCUAAAAGAUAGGUAAGUUUGCUUAACACUUUACUUAAAUACAAGAACAGGUUAGAUAUAAGGAAAAAUUGACUUUAUACUUUAAUUUUGUCUCCCCUCCUUCUAAAGCAGUAAAGUCACUACUAAAAUUGGCAUAAAUAUCUUAUACUGAAAAGGAUAUUGAUAUAUAAGGAGGAGAGAAUACAAGGCCUCCUUAUACGAAUAUUAAUCCAAACUAGAGUCUUCCAGCAUUAAAUUUUGGAGAAUUUAAUUUAUUUGAAAGUCAUGCAAUAAUGAAAUUUAUUUGCAUUCAAUUUAAUUUGACCGAAUUUUAUCCCAAUUAUCCGCUUAGAAGUUUAAUAGAUUCCUUUUUAGAUUUUCAUCAUACGGGUUUCAAAUAAUUGACUUUAUAUUCAAUGGAUUUCUUUUUUGGUCCAAAAUUCAUGAAAAAAUAAGUGCCUUAAAAUAUAGACGAAAGAACCAGAGAGAUAAAUGAAUUACUUCAAUUUUUUAUAGAGACUUUCUUAGGAGGAGGACAUUACAAGUAUAUCAUGGGAUCCAGAACUCCAACAAUUGCAGAUUUGGCGUAAUUUUAAUAUUUAAAAUAGAUUCAUAGCAGAGAUUUCUGGUUUAUUUUUUGUUGAUUUUGAUUUUACUCCCUUCCCUUCUAUAAAAAGUUAUUUAAGAAAUCUAUUUGAAAUGAGGCACAUUAGAGAUACAUAUAGCAAGUAUUUCUUGGUAGCAAGAUUUAUGACAUCAUCAAUGAAUAAUUAUAUUGCUUCCAUCAUAAAGGGUACAAAAGAGGGAGAAAGUGCAUGUUGCGAGUUAAUUUGA